AUGUGCUUGGAACCAUACUAUAUAGACUUGCUACUUGAAACGGAGGAUGUUGAUGAGGACGCCGGGAAACCUUUGACGGCAACCAAAAGGAUACCUGUUCUCCUACCACACGAGAUCUUCGCUGAGCUUCAUUCUUCAAGUGCGUAUCAGGAUGAGGAUUUGGUGAGAAUGGCUCUGGCAAUGCGAGGGCUCAGUGAAGCUCAGAGUUUGCUGGACAACGGCGGAUUGAAGUUCACUGGAAGCGAAGCACGAAAGUUCGAUGAAAUGGCGCACUUGCAUUUACGAACGUGGCAAAGGCUAGCUGUGAAAUUCGAGGACCUCCUCAUCCCUUUGUGCAACAUCCGGCCCAAACACCACUAUCUACAGCAUCUUGCUCGGUAUGUGCUGCGGACCCGAAUAAAUAUUCGGAUACACCAAAACUUCGAUUCUGAAUCCUACAUGGGGAAAAUCAAACGAAUCGCCUGCAAAUGCCAUUCGACUUCGAUGUUGCUGCGAGUCCAGCAGUGCUACAUCCUGUACUUGGCGUUGCUCUGGGAUCGAGCAAAACGAGCAUCAGUUGGUGGGGAUGUCAGGGGAAAGUCUUUGGAAGAUAUCUUGCUCUUGGAGGAACGAAAACCUUUCAGUAGCACUGCUGAACAUGCGAAGCGACGAUGCUUGCGAAGCUGA